GUAGUCUGUGUAGUACCUACCACAGGUCUUUAAAGUUUAAAGUUCACAAUAUUAUAAGUAGUUAUUUCUUGUUAACAUUUUCAUUUCAGUUUGCGACGGAAGAUUCCAUAAGCCGGUUGUAUAAAAUGGCUUCAGUUGCUGCAAUUACUCGUGCUUUAUUCACCAAAAAUGUUAUAAACACCGGUCGUUUCGCAGCGUCGACUAAUACGAGUUUUAUUAAAUUCUACAGCACAGCUCCCGAGUAUGAAAACAUAAAAGUAGAUGUAGUAGGUGCUAAGAAGAAUGUAGGAAUUAUUCAACUAAACAGACCCAAGGCAUUGAAUGCUCUUUGCAAUGCUCUUUUCAAGGAAAUCGGUAAGGCUGUCAAGGACUUUGAUGCUGAUGAAAAAAUUGCAGCUAUUAUAAUUACAGGUAAUGAAAAGGCAUUUGCUGCUGGUGCCGAUAUUAAGGAAAUGCAGAACAAUACUUUCAGUGGCACCACAAAAGCUGGCUUCUUACAAGAGUGGGAAGAUGUAUCGAACUGUGGAAAACCUAUCAUUGCUGCCGUCAAUGGCUUUGCUCUUGGCGGUGGUUGCGAGCUUGCCAUGCUCUGCGAUAUAAUCUACGCAGGAGAAAAGGCCAAGUUUGGCCAACCUGAAAUCAACAUUGGUACUAUUCCUGGAGCUGGUGGCACUCAACGUCUUCCACGUUAUGUCGGCAAAUCCAAAGCAAUGGAGAUUGUACUAACUGGAAACUUUAUCGAUGCACAUGAAGCUGAAAAAAUGGGUCUAGUCAGCCGUGUGUUCCCAGUUGAUAAACUUCUAGAAGAAACCAUUAAAUUAGCAGAGAGGAUCGGAACACACUCGCCUCUUAUCGUCAAAAUGGCAAAACAGUCAGUCAAUCAAGCCUAUGAAACCACUCUCAAAGCUGGACUGCAAUUUGAAAAAUCAACAUUCUAUGGCACCUUCGCUACAGAGGACCGUAAGGAAGGCAUGACUGCGUUCAUCGAAAAGAGAGCUCCUAACUUCAAAAACAAUUAAGUGCAUACGAAAAACACUAAAAGUGCUUUGAAGAUGCAUGUCACAUUAUUUCCAACAGUCCUUAAAAUAUAAGUAAAAUUUAUAUAUUAUACACCUACAUA